AUGACGAACAUCCCAGAGGAGUGGUAUGCCAGAGCGACAAGUUCAGACGGCCCUGAACUCCUUGCCAAAUUGCUCGACGAAUGGACCGCUGCAUACAACCUCCCUUACUCCUCCGGAGACCCAUUUCAAGACGCCAUCUCCGAACGCCUGGAGCGACUCUUUCCCGACGACUUCAUCUCGAAUCUGGACGAAGACGCGUGCUGGGUCGACCUUCCUCCAAGACUCCUCCAAAACGGGGAGUUAAACCUUCUACACGAGCCGUCCAUCUUCGCCGAUCCGUUCUACAAUCCUGGCGUCUGCGUAUGGUCUCAGCUGGUGUAUCCCUCAAUCAUGGCGCGUCUACUUGCAUUCCUCACGCAGCGUGGUAUGCUGCCUGCGGACCUGGAUCCAGAGCCUAUCAACACCGUAGCUGCGAUGACCGCGUUCAAUGCACCUGUUCAACGUGGACGGAGGAGGAGACAACCUCUAGAGCGGGUGGCAACUUCGCAUUUCAAAAGGAUGCCGCGAAGCCUCUUCACUUCUCCCAAACGCAACGCAGGCGUGCUGUUUCGCUUGAACCAGACCAUUGGGCUCAGCCGCUCUACCUUCAAUACCGCCAUGGAGGCCAAAGACUACUUUGAAGCGAGACUUGGGCGUCUACCAGCCAGUAUCGACCGGGGUGUUCCUCAACGCAGCCAGGGGCCUCUCAAAUCACUCCGCUCCCUGACAGCACCACGGAACAACUACGGCGAGAUACUCUGGAGCAAUCUUAGCGAUGGCGUGUACAACAUAUGGUGUGAGCGCCCGCGAGAUGUAGAUCAAGUGGUCUCGCUAUUCACGUCCACCAAGGAGACCGACAACGGGCGAGUCCACAAAGACGCACUGGAGUAUCUCGAGACCCGCGGUGGGUGGCACGCGAAUUGUGCAUCAGAGGAUCGUUGUCCUUGGCGUGACAACAAUGCGACGCGCAGCUGGCGGAAUAAUAUGAACUGGGGGUCGCCUCAGCACGAACACCGAAGGCAGUAUGCCUACACCGCGUCUUGUAGAGUCCUUCCUUCCGUCUUAAAGCCGGAGGACCCGAUGCCACCCUCUGCGAUGGGGUGGGGACGAAGGCUAGCUAGGACAAGAGAUCGCUCGGGCAAGAUUCUGUUGUAUCCGAGCUGGCAUUCUGCGCGGGCGAGCCACUUCAAGGAAUUUCUGUGA